UGCUUUUCCAUGACAAGAUCUUGUAGUUACAAAACGCAACUACAUAAUUUCACUGUAAAUGAAUUUUAAAAAGCUUUUUCCCCCUCUCACAUCUCUUUCUAAAGCUUAAGAAAAUUCAUAACUGGAAAUGUACUGAUGGAUGACGGGAUACGUAGUCUUGAGCAGUUCGCUAAUGAGUUGAACUGUAGGUCUGUAGGAACUACAUUUCCCGGAGUACAACGUAAAAAUGUGCCUGCCCACAAUGCGGAAGAGUUGCCGGUUACAGUACAUCUUAAAAUAGGUGUACAUUUAUCUGUGUGUAGUCAUUUUAAACAUUUUUGUUUUAUUUACAGAUUCACUAUAUGUGCCUAACUGAUGAUUUCUGUACUACAGUUACUGUGAAUCUCAUUUUGAGCUAUAUAGGGACCGUUUGUCGCACAACACUUGAGGUGUGUUUCUUUACUUGUAGGGAAGAAUAUCCGUAUUUGCACCAGCUCACAGGUGACUUAAACACCCAGGAAUUAGGUCGGGUCUGCAGUCAUUCUGAGCUCCUGAAAUACUACCAUCCCUGCUUCAUUUUAGGGUUUGCCUUCCACGAAAAUCAAAGACAGAAUAAGUCGCUGAUGUGUAAUUUAAUUUGUAUUUAAUUAGUGUUUAUCAUUGCUAAAAAAUAAUUUAAACAAAACUAGAAGACGCGCUAUUGGUUUAGAAAACCCCUGAACAUUGAGUUUAGCUUUAAAAUGGAUUACCAGCAUAUAGCAAAUGCCGUGGCCGACAGCCUCGUCGCGUACUCCAAGGACGAAUCGGGAUGGAAAGCCUGCAAGAAAACGGACGCGGUUACCGUCUACUGGCGCCCGUCAGCCGAGUUCCCCGGCAAUUUAUACAAAGGUGACGGGGUGAUCAGUGCGAGUCCCGAGAGGCUGUGGGACUGUUUAAAGCCGCUACCGGACGGGCUGCGAGUGAAGUGGGACGACAACGUCAAGAAGUUUGAGCUGAUUGAGAUGGUGAACGACGCUGUGUCUGUGUGUCGCACCGUCACCCCCUCGGCCGCUAUGGGCAUCAUCGCACCUCGAGACUUUGUGGAUGUGGUUCUAGUAAAGCGCUACGAAGACGGCACGAUUACGUCCAACGCUACCCAUGUAGAUCACCCCGAUUGUCCCCCACAGUCUGGGUUUGUUAGAGGGUUUAACCACCCCUGCGGCUGCUUCUGUGUUCCCAUCCCGGGGGAGCCGAAUAAGACUCAACUGCUUAGCUUCUUCCAGACGGACCUGGGGGGCUACCUGCCCCGCUCAGUCGUCGACUCCUUCUUCCCCUCCAGCAUGGCUCAGUUUUACAGCAACCUCACCAAAGCUGUUAAAUCCCUGAAAGAUUUUUGAUGGUUGCCUUUCCGGGGGCUGUGAGAGAAAUCUGAUGUGGUCCAUUCCUUCAAUGCUGGAUUGUGCCGCCUUUCAUACCCUUUCAUACAGUUUUGUAAAACCUCAUCAGUGAUGCUGAUUAAACAUAUUCCCAGAUUCCAGUGGUGAGCUAGGCUCUGCUAAUCUGCUAACCACUAAUUAACUAGGCAAACCUUUUCGUUAGUUGAUUAGCAUUUCUGAUAACUUAGAAAACCGUUGGUGGACUAAUUAUUUUCCGCCAAAUUUAGUUGCGCUUACUGUAAAUCCGAUAACAUUUUUCACAGGUACAGUGAAUAAAGUUCAACAGUCAAAAACGUUUGUAAGCCGUAAAAUCAUACAUAUUUGUUCCUGUCUCUCGUGAGCGUUUCUGCAACAGUGUUAUAUUGCAUAUAUUCCAUGCUGUUGGCAUGUCCAUGUAAACUGGGUUAUACUGAACUAAGUGGAGAACAGGGGCUUGUAUCAUGAAGCUGGUUUUCUUGCUUAGCUGGAUAACUUCUCAGAUUUAAAGUACCCUAGUUCAAAUGGAUUUUAUUUUUUGUGUGCCAUUGUACACGCACAACUUGUACAAGUUUCUACAUUCCACCAGCAUCCUUAUUAAAAAUUAUUAGGGUCUAUGUCCUA